CGAAAGAAUUCAGGGCGGCGGCGGCGGCGGUGGAGAUCCAGGUCUCCCAGAAGGAGGGAACAGCUGGAGAGAGACCCUAAAACACCUCCUGGAGGCAGGGAGAGAAAGGAAGAAGCUAAGAGAAAAGAGGAGAAGGGAAGAGGGAGAGAGCGAGUCCUGGGAUAGCCCUCGGAGGAGCUCUGUUCUUUUCCCAGGCACCAAGAGUUCCCCCUCUCCAAGUACCUUGCCCUCGCACAGGUUUGCUGAGACAUCUCAUGUAAAAGGCAGGAAAUAAAAUGAAGACUUUUCAAUGCAAGACCUGGUGCUGGCUGCUUCCAGUUUUGGGGGCACUCAUCCAGUUCUCCAGCUAUGUUGAGGGUCAAGUGGCUCCACCAACAAGAUUAAGAUAUACCAUAUUAUCUCAUGACAGUAUCCAGAUUGCAUGGAAAGCUCCCAAAGGGAAAUUUAGUGGAUACAAACUUCUUGUAACUCCAAAUUCAGGUGGAAAAACCAACCAGUUGACUCUUCAGAAUAGUGCAAAUAAAGCCAUCAUUCAAGGUCUUUUGCCAGACCAGAACUAUGCAGUACAACUUAUUGCAUUUGAUAAAGACAAAGAAAGUAAACCUGCCCAAGGCCAAUUCAGAAUUAAAGAUCUAGAAAAAAGAAAAGAGCCUAAACCCAAAGCCAAGGUUGUAGACAAAGGAAAUGGAAGUAAGCCAUCGCCACCAGCAGAAGAAGACAAAUUUGUGUGCAAAACACCAGCCAUUGCUGAUAUUGUGAUCCUGGUAGAUGGCUCAUGGAGCAUUGGGAGAUUCAACUUCAGACUGGUUCGCCUUUUCUUGGAAAAUUUGGUGACGGCUUUCAAUGUGGGAGAAAAUAAAACUCGAAUAGGCCUUGCACAAUACAGUGGUGACCCUCGGAUAGAAUGGCAUCUGAAUACCUUCAGCACCAAGGAUGCGGUGAUUGAUGCUGUCCGGAAUCUCCCAUACAAGGGAGGAAACACUUUAACAGGUCUUGCCUUAAAUUACAUUUUUGAAAAUAGUUUUAAACCAGAAGCAGGAUCAAGAACUGGAGUAUCCAAAAUUGGCAUCUUGAUCACAGAUGGAAAAUCUCAAGAUGACAUAAUCCCCCCAUCAAGAACUCUACGUGAUUCUGGGGUUGAACUCUUUGCAAUUGGUGUGAAAAAUGCAGAUGUAGCUGAACUCCAGGAGAUUGCUUCUGAGCCUGACAGUACUCACGUCUACAAUGUGGCAGAGUUUGACCUGAUGCACACAGUUGUGGAAGGCCUGACAAAGACAGUUUGCACCAGAGUUGAAGAGCAGGAAAAGGAAAUCAAAGGGUCAUUUGUAACUGACAUUGGAGCUCCUACAGAUUUAGUCACAUCUGAAGUCACUGCCAGAAGUUUUAGAGUUACCUGGACUCCUGCCCCUGGAAAAGUAGAAAAAUACAGAAUUGUAUAUUAUCCUACAAGAGGUGGAAAACCAGAGGAGGUGGUAGUUGACGGGAUGGAAUCUACUGCAGUGCUGAAGAGUCUGAUGUCUUUAACAGAGUAUCAGAUAGCAGUGUUUGCAAUAUAUAGUACCACUGCCAGUGAAGGACUCCGGGGAACUGAGAUGACACUUGCUUUGCCCAUGGCAUCGGAUCUCGAACUGUAUGACGUGACUGAGAACAGUCUGAGGGCCAGAUGGAAUGCGGUGCCUGGUGCAUCAGGAUAUAUGAUCCUCUAUGCUCCUCUCACCGAAGGCUUGGCUGGGGAUGAGAAAGAGAUGAAAAUUGGGGAGACCCUCACAGAUAUUCAGAUAAAAGGAUUGUUGCCAAAUACCGAAUACACAGUGACAGUAUAUGCCAUGUUUGGAGAGGAAGCCAGUGACCCUGUUACAGGGCAGGACAUGACAUUGCCUCUAAGUCCACCAAGAAAUCUGAGAAUUUCUAAUGUUGGUGCAAACAGUGCUCGAAUAACAUGGGAUCCUGUCUCAAAUAAUGUCAACAGUUACCUCAUUUCAUAUUCCAAGGCUAGUGGAACUGAAACCAAUGAGGUUGAAGUUGAUGGUGUUUCCACAUACUCACUGAAAGGCUUGACAGCCCUCACAGACUAUAACGUUGCCAUUUCUUCCAUCUAUGAUGAAGGGCAAUCUGAGCCUCUGAUGGGGAGUUUUACCACAAAACAGAUUCCAGCCCAACAGUAUCUGGAGAUUGAUGAAGUAUCACAAGACAGUUUUAGAGUGAGUUGGAAGCCCUUGUCUUCUGAUGUUGCCCGGCAGAAAUUGAUGUGGAUUCCUGUAUAUGGUGGAAAGGUUGAAGAGGUUGUCUUAAAUGAAGAUCAGGAUACAUAUGUUAUUGAAGGUCUGCAACCCGGCACAGAGUAUGAGGUUUCCCUGUUGGCUAUACUCAGUGAUGAAAGUGAGACAGAAGUGUUGACCAUUGUUGGAACUACACUUGACGCUCCUUCAACAGUACCUACUGUCACUACUAUACCUCCUACUGGCCCAGUAACUUCAGUUUUCCGAACAGGAAUCAGAAACCUGGUUGUAGAUGAUGAAUCUACUUCCAGCCUUCGGGUAAAAUGGGACAUUUCAGACAACAGAGUGGAGCAGUUCAGGGUGACCUAUCUAACUGCUAAAGGGGACCAUGCUGAAGAAGUGAUAGGAACGGUUAUGGUGCCAGGAAAACAGAACCAACUUCUUCUCAAGCCUCUGCUUUCAGAUACUGAAUACAAAGUCACUGUGACUCCCAUUUACUCUGAUGGAGAAGGGGUCAGUGUGUCAGCCCCUGGAAAAACCUUGCCACUCUCUGGUCCCCGAAAUUUACGUGUCUCAGAUGAAUGGUAUAACAGAUUGAGAAUUACUUGGGAUCCCCCAUCUUCACCACCAAAGGGCUACAGGAUUGUUUAUAAACCCAUUAGUACUCCUGGCCAAGCAUUAGAGACAUUUGUGGGGAAUGAUAUUAACACCAUUCUGAUUCGAAAUCUUGUCAGUGGAACAGAAUACAACGUGAAAGUGUUUGCCUCUUAUCCUUCUGGCUUCAGUGAUGCUUUGACAAGCGAUUUGAAGACUUUGUUCUUGGGAGUGACAGAUCUUGAAGCAGACAGAAUUCAGACAAAUAGUUUGUGUGUCAAGUGGAAGCUUCACAAUCAUGCCACUGCUUACAGGGUCGCCAUAGAGAAUCGCAGAGAUGGGAAGAAGCAAGAAUCUACCAUGGGUGGAGGAACAUCUAGCCAUUGCUUCUAUGGACUUAUGCCUGAUUCAGAGCACAAAAUUAGUGUUUAUACACAACUCCAAGAGAUAACAGGACCUAGUGUAAGCAUAAUGGAAAAAACACGACCAAUUCCAACUCUACCACCCGCAACAACCACACCUCUUCCAACCAUUCCUCCAGCAAAAGAAGUUUGUAAGGCUGCCAAGGCAGACCUAGUGUUCGUGGUGGAUGGAUCCUGGAGCAUUGGAGAUGACAAUUUCAAUAAGAUCAUUAAAUUUCUAUAUAAUACUGUUGGUGCCCUGGACAAGAUUGGAGUGGAUGGAACUCAAGUGUCCAUUGUUCAAUUCACUGAUGACCCCAGAACAGAAUUUAAACUAAAUACAUAUAAAACCAAGGACACUCUCCUUGAGGGGAUUAAGAAUCUUUCUUACAAAGGCGGAAAUACAAAAACAGGAAAAGCGCUUAAGCAUGUUCGAGAUGCCUUGUUUACUGCCGAAGCAGGAACAAGAAGAGGCAUACCCAAGGUUAUCGUGGUCAUCACUGAUGGGCGAUCACAGGAUGAUGUAAAUAAAAUUUCCAGGGAAUUGCAACUAGAAGGCAUCAGCGUUUUUGCAGUUGGUGUCGCUGAUGCAGAUUAUGCAGAACUGGUUAGCAUUGGCAGCCAGCCCAGCUCGAGACACGUCUUCUUUGUGGAUGACUUUGAUGCCUUUAAGAAAAUUGAAGAUGAGCUGAUUACUUUUGUCUGUGAAACUGCAUCUGCAACUUGCCCUCUGGUCAAUAAGGAUGGCAACAGUCUUGCAGGAUUUAAAAUGAUGGAACUGUUUGGUUUGGUUGAAAAGGAUUUUUCAGCGGUAGAAGGGGUUUCUAUGGGACCUGGCACUUUCAAUGUGUAUCCAUGUUACCAGCUACAUAAAGAUGCUCUGGUUUCCCAGCCUACCAAAUAUUUGCACCCAGAGGGAUUGCCUUCAGACUACACCAUCUCUUUUCUAUUCCGGAUAUUGCCUGAUACUCCUCAAGAACCAUUUGCCCUCUGGGAGAUUUUAAAUAAGGACUCUGACCCACUUGUUGGAGUCAUCUUAGACAAUGGAGGCAAGACAAUUACCUACUUCAACUAUGACUACCAGGGGGAUUUUCAAACUGUAACCUUUGAAGGGCCUGAAAUUAAGAAAAUAUUCUAUGGAAGUUUUCACAAGCUGCAUAUUGUUAUUAGCAAGACUUUGGCCAAAGUGUAUAUUGACUGCAAGCAAGUGGGUGAAAAAGCAGUAAAUGCAUCUGGCAAUAUCACUUCCAAUGGUGUUGAAGUCCUGGGGAGAAUGGUCAGAUCAAGAGGACCCAAGGAAAACUCUGCUCCAUUUCAGCUACAGAUGUUUGACAUUGUUUGUUCUACUUCAUGGGCCAAAGGAGACAAAUGCUGUGAACUCCCAGGAGUGAGGGAUGAGGAAAAUUGUCCAGCUCUUCCACAUUCCUGUUCCUGUUCUGAAAUCAGCAAAGGGCCAUCAGGACCUGCUGGCCCACCUGGUGGUCCAGGACUCCGAGGACCAAAGGGCCAGAGAGGUGACCAAGGUCCGAAGGGACCAGAUGGUCCUCGUGGUGAAACAGGUUCUCCAGGACCUCAAGGCCCCCCUGGCCCACAAGGACCAAGUGGACUUUCCAUUCAAGGCAUGCCGGGAACACCAGGUGAAAAAGGAGAGAAGGGAGAUCUCGGUUUUCCAGGCCCACAGGGUAUUCCAGGGAGUACUGGAUCACCGGGACGUGAUGGUUCACAAGGCCAGAGGGGCCUGCCUGGUAAAGAUGGAUCCACUGGCCCCCCAGGACCCCCUGGACCAAUUGGUAUUCCAGGAGCCCCAGGCGUUCCAGGUAUCACAGGAAACACUGGACCACAAGGUGAUCUAGGACCUCCUGGUCUUCCUGGAGCAAAAGGAGAAAGAGGGGAACGAGGUGAUUUGCAGUCUCAUGCCAUGGUUCGUACAGUGGCUCGCCAAGUAUGUGAACAGCUCAUCCAGAGUCACAUGGCCAGAUACACGUCUAUCCUCAAUCAGAUUCCAAGUCAUUCUUCAUCCGUCCGGACUAUUCCUGGGCCUCCUGGUGAGCCAGGAAGACAAGGUUCUCCUGGUACUCCUGGUGAACAAGGACCUCCAGGCCGGCCAGGCUUCCCAGGCAACCCAGGCCAGCCAGGGACCCCAGGAGAAAGAGGUUUAUCAGGCGUCAAGGGAGAAAAAGGAAAUCCAGGAAUCGGGAGUCAAGGACCCAGAGGCCCCCCUGGACCUGCAGGACCUGCAGGUGAGGGUCGAACUGGUAGCCCUGGGCCACAAGGUUCACCUGGUCCACGAGGUCCACCUGGUCACCUAGGUGUACCUGGACCACAGGGACCUUCAGGUCAACCUGGCUACUGUGACCCUUCUUCCUGUUCCAGUUAUGGUGUUGGAGACGUGAUCCCUUACAAUGAUUACCAGCACUGAAGCCAAAGCCUUUGAUUCUUGGUUGCAUUUUCCCUUGUAUUUGUCCAUGGAUACAAAACUGCCAUAUUGACCACCACCACCAAAGCUUGACCCAGUAGCUUGUGCACAAUCAUUGUUCUCACACCACUAAACGACAUUACCCAUCACACUUGCCCUCUCCCUUUUCACCUUCACUCCUUCCAAGCUUUUGUGGUCUUCACAUCAUUAAACAACAUAAUGAGAAAAAUUGGAAUUUGAUAAAGACAAAACCACAUCACAGAAACUAGCCAGCACAGUUCCAAAAUGAAAAUAGGCAUGUCAGCCUGCCCAAUGCACACCCCCCAAAAAAAAUUCACUCAGGAAACACACAUAUAAUCAGAUUAGUGAAAUCUGGUGUCUGAUCUUUGCUGCUCAUCACUUGCCUGAAGUAUGUGGGUAUGGUGCAUUCCUUUUCUUUCCUGGUGAUGAUUUUCUGAUAACAUUGAACUAUCCAGUAAUGAUUUGGGUUUCUCCUCACUCCUUCUUCACUUUCCACCUCUCCUGCCUUGUUGCUUUCAUAAUCCUGCCAAAUGUUUUCAGUGCUCCUUUUUAUAAAUUAAAGGCACACUGUUUCAAUAGUUGGCUGUGAUACUGGUUUCCUAAUGACUGCUCUCAUGUUUUGCUUUUUUCCUCUUUUGCUAACCAUUUGCAUCCUCUUGGUGGUGGUGGUGGGUAAAGAUGGACACAGUAAUCCAGGUGGUCAAGAUAUCCCUUGAAUUCAAUUACCACAUAACUAAUUCAACCCGUGGCCCUGAGAACCUAUGAUAUGAUGGGGAACAGAGUUUAUGGUUCCUGAGUCCUGUCCUUGGCUAGUCUCAUACCCCCAGUCUUCCUAUCCAGCACCUGAACCUGAUCAGCCGGAGUUCACACCUGUUCGAGAGGAUUUGGAAGAUCUGAUCUGAUGGCCCCGGGAACCAAUUAUUCCAAAAGGAACUGGAAAAUCCAUUAAAAGAACUCUUAAGGCAUCGUUGUUAAAGGAAAAUGUUGGUGUAUGAUUUGUAUGGUUCACUUGUAAAGUUCUUGUUCAGUAAGUAGCCUAAUUUUCCCUCUUAGAAAAUAUUUGCAGGGUGACUAUAUUGUUAUGAUUAUCAUUGUUUAAUAACGAAAACCAAAAAAGAUCAUCCUCUUACCCUGGGUCGUAAGAACAAAACAAUUAAAAAAAACCAAAAACCUAAAACCUUCUACGUUGGUCACUAUCUUUAAAGAAUGGUGCUUCCUUUUGCUGUUUUAAAUGCCUGCCAGAUUAUUCAUGUUUUAUUGGGAAAGUACUCAGCAAAGAAUGAAAAAUCCUUCUCCAACCCUGGAAGCUACCCCCUGCUCUAAUAGACAGUUUGAAAUCCCAGAAUUGUAUAGUUUCAAUUAGAUUAGGGAAAAAUGGGCCCCCAGGAGAAAUGUGGUAUAAGGGCAUUCCAAGUUUACCUCAGGGACCCAGUAAAUGAACUCACUGACUGUAAGAAAGGCCCCCUCUACGGAAGGAAUGCUGUCAGGAAAACACCAUUUUGUAUUGUGGGUCAAUCCAACCCUAAUUACCCUGAUAUAUUUUGCCAGGCCCUCAGAACCAAGGACUUGAUUAGUAUGUCUUUGCAAUCAAUGGUUUUACAAACAAAUAUUCCUUUUUUGUGUUUUGAGAAAUGAAUUGCUAUGCUAAAACGCUGACCCUCCCUCAAUCUAAAGAGAGAUCUAUAUUUAAUGAAAGAAUUCUUUAGUUUUUGGUUGCUGGGACUUCUUCAUUGCAUCUACAUGGAUUGGUGUGAACACGCAGAUAAUUUAUUGUUUACCUUAUCUCCAUUCUGUUUUGUAAGCAAAUAA